AUGGCUGCGAUAGUGAGAAGAAGAGGUUGUUCUGCUUUGGCAGUUUCUAAAGCACUUGGUCUGCGUCAUUUAAGUGCCUCCACUGCCCUACAUAAUGCUGCUCCAAAUAAGACAUUUUCAAAACCUGGUAUUCCUAAUGUUGUGCUGGUGGAAGGUAUUCGCAUUCCAUUCCUUAUGUCAGGUACAACUUAUGCAAGCCUCAUGCCUCAUGACUUAGCCAGAAAUGCUUUACUAGGCCUCAUUAAAAGAACUGGACUUGAAAGAGAUUCUGUUGAUUAUAUAGUCCUGGGUACUGUCAUACAGGAAGUAAAAACUAGUAAUAUUGCAAGAGAAGCUGCCCUAGGAGCAGGGUUUUCGGAAAAGAUUCCUGCACAUACAGUCACUCAAGCCUGCAUUUCAUCCAAUCAAGCCAUUACCACAGCAAUUGGAAUGAUUGUUUCUGGAAGCUGUCAUGCUGUCAUAGCUGGUGGUGUGGAGUUCAUGUCAGAUGUUCCAAUCAGAGUGAGCAGAAAAAUGAGGAAAUUGAUGUUAUCACUAAACAAGGCCAAAAAACUGCCUCAGAAGCUUUCGCUUAUCAGUCAAAUGUUAAGUCCUUCAGCUCUGGCCCCAGAGCUACCAGCUGUUGCUGAAUUUUCAACAGGGGAAACUAUGGGUCACUCAGCUGACAGAUUGGCAUCUGCUUUUUCUAUCAGUAGAAGAGAACAGGAUGAGUAUGCAGCUCGGUCACAUAAACUGGCAUUCGAAGCUUCUGAAAAUGGUCUUCUUACUGACAUUGUGCCUUACAAAGUACCAGGCAAACCUGAGACUGUAUUGAAAGAUAAUGGAGUGAGGCCUUCUUCUGUUGAACAAAUGUCCAAGCUGAAGCCAGCUUUUAUCAAGCCUCAUGGUACCAUUACUGCUGCCAAUUCUUCAUUCUUGACAGAUGGUGCUUCUGCAUGUCUGGUGAUGUCUGAAGCAAAAGCCCUUGAAAUGGGUUUUAAACCCAAGGCUUAUUUACGUGAUUAUGUCUAUGUGUCCCAGGAUCCAAAGGACCAGUUGCUCUUGGGCCCAACCUAUGCUACACCUAAAGUUUUGGAGAAAACUGGGCUGAAAAUAUCUGACAUUAGUGUUUUUGAAUACCAUGAAGCAUUUGCUGGACAAAUUCUUGCCAACCUGAAAGCUAUGGAAUCUAACUGGUUUGCUGAAACUUACAUGAACCGUAGUAGCAAGGUUGGAGCUCCUGAUAUUUCAAAAUUUAACUUAUGGGGUGGUUCGUUGUCACUGGGUCAUCCAUUUGGAGCAACGGGAGUUCGUCUUGUGACAACUGCAGCCAACCGGUUGCAUAAAGAAGGAGGACAGUAUGGUUUGGUGGCAGCCUGUGCUGCUGGUGGUAUUGGCCACGGCAUGAUUGUGGAGGCUUACCCCAACUAA